CCCCGGCCUCCUGCGCGGCCAUGGCCUCCCUUCUGCUGCCGCUCUGCCUCCUCCUCCUCCUCCCCGCCGCCGCCGCCUCGCCGGGCCGCCUGCUGCCCUACGACCUGCUCUACGCGGACGGCGUGCGCGCCUACGUGGCCCGGGAGUGGGGCCGGGCGGCCGAGCUGCUGCAGCGCGCCCUGCAGAGCUACGCGGGGCUGCGGGAGGCCCGCCGCGCCUGCCGCGCCGCCUGCCUGCGGGAGGCCGCCUUCCUCGGCGGGCCGGCGGGGGCCGGGCGCUGGGAGGCCGCCCUCUUCGGCCGGGUGCUGCGGCGUGCCGACUGCCUGCAGCACUGCCUGCGGGGCCGGCUGGGCGCCGCGCCCUCCGCCCACCGCGCCAGCCGCGCCGUCCGGCGGGACUUCCAGAGGAGGGAGCCCUACAACUACCUGCAGGUGGCUUUCUUCCAGCUGAAGAAGCUGGACCAGGCCGUGUCCGCUGCUCACACCUUCUUCGUCGCCAAUCCCCAGCACCUGCAAAUGCGGGAGGACAUCGAGAAGUACCGGCGGAUGUCGGGGGUCAAGUCCCACAGCUUCCGCGACCUGGAGGCCGCGCCGCACUGGGAAGCGUACGAGGCUGGGGUGCAGCACUACAGCGCCGAUGAGUAUGUGCAGGCGGUGGCCAGGCUGGAGGAGUCACUCUCAGAAGCGCUGUCAGCUCUGGAGGAGUGUCGUGCCCUGUGUGAAGGGCCUCGGGAGGAUGACGACGAGGAGGAGAUGCAGCCUGGCCUGUAUGAAGCCGUUGCAGCCCAUUAUAUUCAGGUUUUGAAGUGCAGACAGCAGUGUGUCCUUGAAAUUGCCACAAAGCCAGGGCGGUUUUCUGCCACGGAAGAUUUCAUUCCCUCUCAUCUUGAUUUACUGCAGUUUGCCUACGACCAAGAACCACUCUUGCUCAAGCCUGUGGCCACCAAGGGAGGGAGAUCCCACGUGGGAACCUUUCAGUCUUCUUGUGCAGCUUCUGUGUUGUGUGGCUGUUCCCACUUCUUUCCUCCAGCACUCUUCAUUUCAAGUCUUGCUCCAACUAUCUGCUGUGUGUUUUAUACCCUCCUUUUCAUUGGGAACCAGAUGCUAGCUGCUGAAUGUGCUGCUUCCUACUUGCUCUUCUAUCCCACGGAUGAGCCUGUGUUGGAGAAAAUGAAGCAGUAUCGCACAGAACUGGGAGAGGACACGGCUGUCACAGCCAGAGAGAGUAUUCAACACUAUGUUCAGAGAUCUUUGAUGGAGAAGAAGUUGAUUUAUUAUGCCGUGGAGCAUCUAGGAGAAGCUUUUAAUGACCCUGAUCUUUGGACUCCAGAUGAGCUGAUUCCUGAAAACCUAAAGGAGAAACACAGAGAGGAUCAGGAGAAGCAAAAGCAGGAAAAUCUGGAUAUGGAAGAGAGGGAGGAAAGAGGUCCUUUGCCUUUUGAGGGUAUUGCUGUCACUAUGGAUUCCCACCAGAUGAACGGAACCCAGAGGGUUGUGUUUGACAGAGUGCUGACAGAAUCUGAGUGUAGGGACCUUCUCAGGCUGACAAAGGCAGCAGGAGAAGCUGGAGAUGGCUACCGGGCAAGGCGGUCACCUCACACCCCUCAUGAGAGGUUUGAAGGGUUAACUGUUCUGAAGGCCAUGCAGCUGGCCCAGAAUGGGGACGUGGACUGGAGAGAUGCCAAAUUACUUCUGCAGGCCAGUGAGAAAUCACGGAAAAUCAUAGAGUCCUAUUUUACUCCUGGAAAGAAACUUCAUUUCUCAUUCACACACCUGGUGUGCCGCACAGCUGUAGAUGAGAAACAGGAAGGUCGCAUGGAUCUUAGUCAUCCUGUUCAUGCUGAUAAUUGUCUCUUGGAUCCUGAGGGGCAAGAGUGCUGGAGAGAACCACCUGCCUAUGUCUACAGGGACUACAGUGGCAUUCUCUACCUCAAUGAUGACUUCCAGGGUGGAGGCCUUUUCUUUACUGAAAUGGACACUGUGACUGUCACAGCUGAGGUGCAUCCAAAGUGUGGGAGGCUGGUAGCCUUCAGCUCUGGCAAGGAGAACCCACACGGCGUGUGGGCCGUGAGCCGCGGGAGACGCUGCGCUGUUGCUCUCUGGUACACACACUCCCAGGAGCACGCUGAGCAGGAACGGGUGAAGGCAGAGGAGCUGAUGAAGCAGAGGGCUGUGGAACAGGACCAGACUGAUGGAGAAGAACGUCAGGGGGCUGGUGGCCGUGGCAGGUCCUCCUCAGAGCCUUCUGCUCCCAACAGCAGAGCCAGGCCCAUGAGCCAGAGACACAAGCCUGGCUCAGAUGGGACACAGCACCCCAAGGAACUGCGGGCCAGAGAUGAGCUCUGAGUACACAGGGCCCUUGGGGGCAGGACUGGCACACACUGUGGCCUGGCAGGUCGCAGUGGCACCGGGACCACAGAGACCUGGAGCAGAGUCUUAGCAUGCUAGAGAUGUAGUGAUGGGGAGGGAUGCAGCUUUCUUCUCUGUGGCAUCCCAACAGCUGAAAAAUGGGAGUAAGGACAGAGUAAUAAAGUCAGUGACACCUGGACCUUUCUUCGCCACCUCACCAACAUGUUUGUGUCACUCAGAAGUAAGAUGGCAAGUUCCCUUUACCCCAGCCUCCUCUCAGUACCAGCUUCUUGGUCAUCCAAGGCCAAAUGCAAGUGGAGGAGGGGCUUGGGGUGUUUCAGCAGGGGCCAUCUCACAUUCAGGAUCUCAAAAUGGAAGCCUCUGAAUUUCCUAGGAACCUGCAGACUCCAGAACCUUGCCGUUGGUCUGGGGGAGGGGAGAUGGGGGACUGUGAAUCUAUGGAAUAAAAAUGAAAUGCUGGACA